UCUAUCUCUCUCUCUAGCCACCUACUUCAUCUGGCAUUACCUCCUCCUGCCGCUGCUCUGUCUUUCCUCUUCCUUUACAUCGCCCCGCUCCCUCCGUCACUUUCUCUGCUUCAACGAACUCCCUCCUCUCCUUUCCUGUCCUCUGCAGCCGUGCUCGCGUUGCUGCCGUGACCACGAUCUUUCUCCCUCUUUCCCAUCGAGUUCAAUCCGAACCCAUCUGCCGUUUCGAACGCGCAGGUGCGCCUCCCUCUGUCUCUGUCUCUCUCCCUCCCUCCAUCUUCGCUCUUUGCCGUGUCUGGAAUCUCCACUUCUUGAUCUGCGAAACGAGUUGCCCAAUGGGGUGACUCGAGAGAAUGGCCCCCCCGCCUCUUCUGAAACAGAGCGAGGGAUGGAAGAAUUGAUGGUUGUCCUGUUGUAGCUGAUCAGGGCAAAAGGCUUAACAGGGCCAUCUCAACUCACUCACUGUGUCCCCGGUUUACCAGUCAUGGUUUUGGCCUUUUUCUCCAGUUUUGCAUUUGAUGCUUCAUCUCUGUCGAAAUAUCAAAUGGUGCCCGGAUCAAGAUUGGGAACGACCUGUCUAUAUAAGCUGAUGCCCAUUCUAGAGCCAUUCGUCUCCGUGGGCUAUCACGAACUGUUUUGGAAAAAAAAAAAAAGACUUUGAAAUGGUCCAGGACUUUCAACGGUCCUUUUGCCUUUUUGCGUUCUUGUUCCAAUGGAUCUCCUUGUUGCAGAGAACUCCAGCGUGACAAAUGACAUAAAUAGCUUGCAGUUCAGGAAGAGUUCUUCUGAGAUUUGGCUACAUGUUCAACUAUGAAGAUCGAUGGUGAGACGGUGGUGCAACAUCAGGUCCAUAAUCAUACUGCAAAGUCCUUUCAGCACAAUGAUGACCCCAUGACAACUGUUGAACAAAAGUCGGACAAGGACACCAUGAAGGGAAACCUAGAUGAUAUGAAGUACAAUGAGAAUGUUGCUGCUCCAGUGCCGAUUGAUGUCGAUUCUGGGGUUGGAUUUUGGCCAGUGCCAGGAUUGAACAAUCCGGAGCCUGAUGAGGAUCUCGCUGGGAGCGACAAAUUGACCGGAAAAAGUUCGUUCGCUUCAUAUACUGAUUCUACUGGAGAAACAGAACUGGUUAAGGAGGACUUGGACCUUUUCACUGAUAAAUCUGUCACGGAAUGCGAGAUUGAUAAGUCGAUACCUAGUCACAAAGAAAACCCUUUCUGUGAAGUCAAAGACAUCUGCGUAGACGAAGGCGUCCCCUCUCACAAGGCUACCUUGUCAGAAACUGAUGGAAAUAAGGGCCUGCAUGCCUAUUUGCCUUUAGAGAAGGAUGCAAAUAGUGACUUAGAUGCACUGGAACGUUCCAAAAAUUGUUCUGAGGAUUUGGUGCGGGCAGACACAACAGCAGACAAAUUUGUGGAUGAGUUAUCCAAAGAGAAAGUGGUUCCUUCAGUCCAAGAGUUGGCUUCACAAAAUCCCGACCGAGAGUCUUCUGAUGAUAUUGUUGAUGGAAUGAAGCCACCCUCUCCUAUGGUCUCAAACGACGAAUCCGUGAUGGCAUGCUCGAAUUUGUCCUUGGUUAAAACCCAAGAAUCAGUCAAAGGGAGUGAGGAGGAUGCUCCCCCAUCCCCCUCUUCUAUCAUCAAAGAAUCGAAUGAUACCACCCUCGUCCAUGACUCACGAGACAACAGCGAGAUGGAUAACAGAAGCCCUGAGAACCGUGUCGCAACUGACCCAUCUCCAUCCGAAAGGUUGGAGUGUGGGGAUCUUGUCAACGAGUUAUCUUACUGCAGCAAAGUGGAGAGCGGAAGUAUUACCUUCAGUUUCAAUGCUUCAGCACCUGAAUCGAGCGAUAGAGGGGAGAGUUCAAGUAAUGGGAAUAAAGAAGAGCGAGAGGGCCAGAACGUGCAAAGAGCGGAUGGAGCUUCUGAUAGGCGAACUGAUUCUUCCCUAGGACGGCAUGAUUUCGGAGAGUCGAGUUUCUCUGUGGCAGGCCCUGUGUCCGGCUCUAUAACUUACUCGGGACCGAUAGCUUAUUCAGGAAGCCUCUCUCUCAGAUCAGAUAGCAGCACGACCAGCGCUAGAUCCUUUGCCUUUCCAGUAUUGCAGUCCGAGUGGAAUAGCAGCCCAGUGAGGAUGGCGAAAUCGGAUCGGCGACGGCUCAGGAAGCACAAGGGUUGGAGGGAACGACUUCUAUGCUGUAAAUUCUGAACUGCAUCUCCUCCCUAGAAAUUUAUCUAGGUCAUUCUAGUUGUUAGAUAGAUGUAUACACCUGCCCUUUUUCUCUAUAUUUUUGCCCUCUUUUGUUGCCCUUGUAGGAUUUGAGGGGGUGAUAGAUGAGAGUUCUUUGGUUGGAAUUUGUGGUUUCAUGCAUGUCUAAAGUUAUGCAGUGAUAUAUGUUCUAUUCCUUACCACCCCC